AUGCUCAAGAGGAUUCUCUUGAGGAUGUUGAACAGGGUGCUCGGCAGCUAUGUUGAGAACAUAGACAGGCACCAGAUAGAGCUUGGGAUAUUCAAAGGACAUGUCUCAGUCACGAAUCUCAGGAUCAAGCCGUGUGUGAUAUCUAGGAUCUUCAAGGGAAGGGUGAUCUGCAAUAGUAUUGGAAAGCUUCAUAUUAAGGUUCCAUGGAAGAGCUUUAACAGGCAUCCUGUUGAGAUCCACAUCCGCGAUGUUGAAAUUAAGCUUGGAAAGACAGAUUUUUGCUGGUGCUUUGCAGAUGGAGGACUGUGUCAGGAAUGUAGUGCACUUGAGGUGUACGAGGUCAUGAGAAGACUUGACCAAUUGAAUCUUUUUUCUGACGAUGACGGCAAUUCGGUUUUGUUUGCAGACCUGAUGAUUGGAAAUGGGCCUCGUGUAUUAAUAGAAAACAUAAGCAUUGAAUAUGUGAGUGGAGUGCCUAUGGGCAUUAGUAUCAGGCAGGCUUCAUUCAAUGCAAAGCAUAUCAGCAGUGAGGAGUGCAAAGGCAGUAAUCUAAAGAGACUUGAUAUUGCUGGAAUUGAGACGACUGGGCUUCUAGCUAUCAUCCAGCCUUUUGAUGUAUUUUCUAUAAUAAGCAUGAUUAAUGAAAAACCUUGCAUUGAAACACGCAUUAGUGAGCUUAGCAUCAAGACAAGACAAACGGUUGUUCAAGAGAUCAUGGCCAGGGUGAGAGAUUAUGAAGAUGAUGGCGUUAGAUGGAAGCUUUUUAGAAUGCACGAUGAAUACAAAAUGCUGCUCAAGAUGAUAAGGGAUGCGAAUGGGCUUAAUCAAAUGAACGAUGCUGUGGAUGAUGAUCAGCCUGCCAUCAUCAGAAUGCUUGAAUGCCUUGUUAGAUUACAAAUCAGAAUAAUUGAGUCGAGAGGCGUAUUGAUUGAUGACAUACCUGAUCUAGUGGUUAAGGUCAGAGAGUACACAAACCUUUUAGAUAAACACGAAUUAACACAAAGAGAAAUAGAAAGGAAGAAUGCAUAUGAAAGAGAGAUGUGCCUUGAGCGACUGCUGAGGAUUAGAAGGAUAAGGUCCAAUCGAUUGAAGAACAUGUCAUGGAAAAGUUUGUUCUAUGAGCAGAGUAUCCAUGCACAAGAAGGAAACCCAGUAAAGAUGCAGUUGAAUGUGCUUCUGGAAAAGUGUGUGUUUGAAUUUGUUGAUGAUGAGGGACAAGGUGUUCUGAUGAUACUUUCUGAAGUAAGUGCCAGCUCUAAAGAUUUUUUAUCAGGAUCAAGUAUGAGAUUUAAGGUAAAUGAAUCAAAGGGAUACUUUAUUGAUGCACGCAAGAAUGGACAUGAGCCUUACUGUGAAUUGGCGUCUCAUUUUAUUGAAGGUAAGUGUGUUUUAGCAUAUGAAGGAGCUGAAAUGUGCCUGAAUGGAUAUAUAAACCGAUGGAUGCUAUAUGGAUACCAAAAGGAGUUGAUUCAUGUACUUGGUAUGUUUGCAAGAAUUGUGAGGAAUGCUUUACCGCCUUCAUACAUGGCUUAUGGAUUUGCUCGUAGAUUCCGUGUGAAUGUGAAGAUAAGGAUGGUUACUGCAGAAUUUGACAUUCUGAGACUGAUUGAUGCAGGAGAGGGCAAACGACAUAGUGUAGUGUCUGAGAAUGUGAGUGUGUCAUAUCUGGACGAUUCAAUAGCUCGACGAAGAGUUGGGUCGUUGCGCAUAUCUUCUGUGAUUGCAAGUGUGGCAGACAGUGUUACUGAGGCAAGGAUACCGCUUUCCAACAGCAUAGAGGUAAGCGUAUUGUAUGUAGAUGGAGUUUUUUAUGUGAAGACGUCGAUGAUGGACUUGUACAUGCAUGAGGUGCCUGCUGGAAAGGCUCGAGAUGGAAUGAUGUUUCCUUCAGGUUUUAUUGUUCCUAACUUUGAGGUGUGUUCCGACACUAUAAAGAUCAAUGUGAGCGAAGGUGUUAUUGAAGUGGAGAAGGCAAGGAUUGGAGGAAACGGAGGAAGCUUGAUGUUUUGGAAUGUGUAUGGAUUUAAAUUAGUUGAUGGAGAUGGUCGAAGAGUGUUUUGUGUGCCUAAAAUGAAGAUGAGUGUGCGCUUACAUGAGUCUGUUUUUGUGGAUGUUGAGUACCUGAGAAUCCGUGGAGGGUAUACAAGAAUGCUGAGGAAAAUGAAUGUAAUGAUGGGAGGAGGAUUUCAGGGAUUGAGAGUUGUUGUGAAUAUUGAAAGAUUGAGGAUUCGAUUGAGUGGGAGGAGAAUGCAGUUGAAAAUUGAUGUUGAUGAAUUCAAAGAUGGAUAUGUGAAGAAAGUGACAAUAUGGAUGAAUGCCAGUAUGUUAUGUGUAAAUGGAUUGAUUUAUGGGGAAUCAUUGAGAGGUGAUGAGGUGAAAUUGGAGUUUAACAAAGAAGAUUUGUAUAAGCUGAUGAAAGUUUAUAAAUUUGCCUGGAGAAUAUAUGGAGCAGGAUAUGUGAAGGAGUAUAGUAUGGCAGGGAAGGAUGUGUGGAUAAGGAAUGUACAAGUGAAUUUUGAAGGAUUGGUGAUACGAAUGCCUGAGUUGAAUUGCAAGGCUGGAGAGUUUGGAAUGAAUGUGAUGCCGAUGAGUGUGAUUAUCUAUGAAGAUAUUGGAUCUGAGUGUUGUGAUCAAGGAGUUGCUUUUGAGCUUGUUGAUGGAUUGGUAUUGGGAAAUAUCAGCAGGAUUAGUGUGAAGAUACAUGGAGAAGUAAGCAAGAAAGUUGUGAAUGCUUUUGCAAGUAUGCAUGGAUGUGUGAUGGAGAUGUUAGAUGAGGUAGAGAUGAAAGGGAAGGAUACAAAAAUCCAUGGUUAUAAUGUUGACAGAGAUGUAGAGAUUAUGCUAGAUACAUGUGUUUGGAUAACAUCUAAUCAGGAUAGAUUGAAUGUUAAUGGUGUAUUGAUGGUUAAGAUGAAUGCUAAUCGCUGGGAUGCAGAAGUAAGUGUGCUGGAAAUGAAAACAGAAGAUAUGCAUUCGGUUAGAUUGAAUGGAAUACACGCUGCUAAUGAGGAAGGUAAAUUGCUAGUGUGCUGUAAGAGGAUGGAUAUUGGCAUUGAAAUUCAUAUGAUUGCAGGUGUAUUUUAUGCAUUUGCAGAUGUAUGGAUGUAUAGUGAGAUACUUGAUAGUAAGUUGGUUUUUUUUGAGAUUAUGAAUGUAAAUAUUGAGAAUGUAAUACUUUGCUAUGGAAACAACAUUCAGGUAAUAAAGUUAAGAGAAGUUAGAUAUGAUGGAGGAUGCAAGAUGUACUACAAGACUGCGUUUGGAACAGAAAGUAUAGUGGAGUACAGGAAGAGGAGGGGAAAGAAAGGAGGGUUUGUGCUGAGUGUGCAGGGUGGAUGCUGUGAUGCAAGCAUGGCUAUUGACACGAUGUGGAUGUUCCUUCGAGAUUGCCUGAAAGCUUGUGAAAUUUUGAAAAUUGAGGCUCAUGGAGAAGAAGUUGGAGUGAUUAUAAUGGGAGUGGAAGGAUUGAUGUAUAAAGGAUUGAUGAAGAUUUGUGUGCCUAUUGGGUAUCUUAAGAUUGAUAGAGAGUUGAAAUUGAGUGGCAGAGUUGUAUGUAGUACUGAGAUGUAUGAGUGUGAUAAACGAAGGUUUGUACCUGUUGUUGAGGAAAAUGUUUAUGUUAUUGGUGGUGGAUGUGAUGGAGUAAGUGUGAAUCCAGUGAAUAGAUUGAGGGUUUCGGCAAGCAAAUAUGGUUUUGAGACGAUUUUUGAUGUAUUUCAAGGAUUUACAAAAAACAAGAUGGGAUAUAGAAAGGUUCGAGUAAAAAAUGUAACUGGAAUGAUACUGAUAGCUAGUGUAAUGAGAGGUGAUUUGAAAGUUGAAGCAGGUGAGGUUUGUGAUCUUGAGGUUUGGAACUGUGAACAGGGUAUAAGAAUAACUAAUGAAGAAGGAAGUAGUGGAGGAUAUUUAGAAGUAUGUAUUGGACAAACAAGUAUCGAUAUUGAUGGGCAAAGGUGUAUUUUGAGUGUUGAUCAGAAGGAUGAUUUGAUUAUUGUGACGAUUGUCCAUUCACUGACUGUUGUUAAUCAGUGUGAAUUGGCAGUUUGUGUAAGGAUAAGGUACUCAAAUGAGCAUGUGGUUGAGAUUGAGAUGCAAGAUGGAGCGAUGCAUACUGUGUGUUUAUGUGGUGACUUUGUUCUAGAGAUAGGACUUGGAACAAAAUAUAAUGUGAUUGGAAGAAUGAAUAUGGGAAAUGUAGAGCAAGGGAUUGGAUGGAGAUGCAUGAUGGAUAGAGAGAUUAACGUUGGAGUAGAUAUUUUUUCAAGGAAUGAGAGUGUACCUGGCUUGGUGAUUAUGAUUGUAUAUCCUGUUUUUGAGAUAGUUAAUAAAGCAGGGUUUGCGUUGGAUCUUGCGCUAUGGACAAAUGAAAAGCACGUUGUAGAAGAACUUGAGGAUGGACUAAUCAGAAAGAAUAUUUUAUUUAGUCUAAGUGAUGGAGAAAGCAGAAAUGUAUAUGGGAUUGAUGCAAGUGAGUAUUCGUUGCUUAGUGUACUUGAUGUAGAGAGUGGAAAGAGUGCAAAAGUGUUUAGUGAAGGAGAGCUUAUUAGAAUGUGGGGUAAGCGAUUGAUGAUAAAGAAAGAAAGCUGUGUGAUUGAUGAGUUUUUUGGAAAGCAUGAUCUUAUGUGCAAGACCAGGAUUGUCAUAUGCCCAUACACUGUGGUAAUCAAUAACUUGAGUAGGGAUGUAAUGAUUAAUGGAUGUGUGUAUCAAAAGGGAAAGACAUGCGCAGAUCUAAUACUGACAAUCCGUGAUAUGGAGAUUGGCGGAUAUAGACUUGAUGUGCCGAUUGCUAUAGAUAAAGUGUGUAUUGCUGAGGUAGUAUUAUUGAAGAAGACAGUGGGCGCUGAUGAUUUGAUGAUUUGUAAUGAUGUAAAGCAGGUGAAUAUGAAUACAGAAAAAAUGGUGAAUGAAUUAGAUGAGGAUGCAAGAAGCCACAGUAAUGAUUUGAUAGAUGUUCAAGGGAUUGUAAAAGGCAAGGAAUGCAGAAUUGGAAUGCAACCUAGACAGAUGAAUGUUAUUGUUGAAUUCAGGCAAAUUCAAGAAGUAAAAGAAAUUGAGAUAAGACACGCAUGUGUGCUUGUAAAUAACACGAGGUUCAGACUAUUGAUAGUGUCUGAGAAUGAGUAUUUGAAUGUGGAAGCAAAGAGUACAGGCUUUAUGAAGAUGAUAUCAGACGGAAUGUUUCUAUUUGCAGCAGAAAGUGGGAGUAGAAUAUACAUGAAUGGAGAGAAUGUGUAUGUUCCUGCAGAUAUUGUAGCGAAGAGACACUUCAGUCUUAAGGUUUCAGAGAAUGUGUUAUUCGGUAUCAGUCGGAUGAUGGACAAUAAGCAGCAGAUAUUUACUGUGAUAGAGGAAAGUGAAUGGCCUUAUGCAAUAUGCAACAGUACACAGCUUGAAGUGAAGUUUGUUCAGGACCGUGGGAUUGCAGAGCAUGUUGUUAGCAGCAGGAGUAUUUGCUGGUAUGCAUUAGAAAGUAUGAUGUUUGAGCCGAUUAUUGUUUUGGAGAUAUACGGAACAAAGAUACCGAUUCAGUUGAAUAAGAAUGGAACCUUAAGGAUUUCUGCAAUAACUGUAUGUGUAUUUGAGACAAUCAGAUGUAGGGUUGUACAUAUAUGUGAAGACUUACAAGACUUAAGGAAUAUUGGAGCAAGUAUAGUGUUUGAUGCAGCUGAGACGAGUAUUUCACUUAUGGAUGUGGAAGGUACAGAAGUAUUAUGUGUGAAUUUAGUGAAUACAAGAAUAUUGGUGAAACUUAGAUAUGGAGUUGUGCACUUACUUGGAGAAGCAUUUGUAUAUGAGAAUUUUGAGGUUGAUUUACAGGUUGGCAGUGUACAGAUCGAUAACCAGGCACUGUUCUGUGUAUUUCCUGUGAUUGUUUAUCCUCUUAAGAAAUCCAAACGCAUAGGAAGACGAAGAAUAGAAGAAGUCUUUGCAUCAUUAAGAUUUGAAAUAGAUAGAUCUGUGCAUUGUAUUGCGGUUUCUGAGAUUCACUGCAGUAUCAGAGAGUUUGCAUUGAAUAUUGAAGAAAUGCUUGUGAAGAAGAUUGUGAAAAUAUUUGAUGUUUAUGAAAUUCAUCGAUAUGCACAAAAAACGAAUGCACAGACAUGGAUCAGAAUAUCCAGGAUGAAGAUUGAACAGAUGGAGAUGAAGAUAAACUUCCUGAAAGAUGUAGAAUCAGGGUUUGUCUCAAGCGUGCUAGGUUUUUUGAUAAACAGCAUCAGUGACUUUUCUAUGGAGAUAGACGGAAUGUGGGAGGAUGAAAUGCAUACGUCUACUGACAGACUUAUCAACAUGAUUAGUGAUUUUUAUCUUGCACAGUUCAAGAGCAAUUUAUGCAGAGUUUUUGCACAUCUUGAUAUUAUUGGAAAUAUUGGAAGUCUUACUGAAUCGGUGUCAAUGGGUAUGAAGGGAUUGCUUGCCGAGUCUGUGUCUGGAGGUACAGGCACUACACGUGGGAUUGUAAGGGGAGGAAAGAGCCUACUGAAAAACACAGUUUUUGGAGUUUCUAAUACGGUUGGAAAGUUUUCAAGAAGUGUAAGUGCUGGUGUCACACUUGUGACGUUUGAUGCACAAAAAAGAAAGAGCAUAUGGUGUCCUUAUACUCAUGAUGGCAACCUUAUGGUACCGAGCAAAAACCACAAAGGUGUAGUUGCAGCAAUAUACAAGGAAACUGGUGGAUUGAUUAAGGCAAUAUCGCACGGAGUGACAGGAAUAGCAACUGCUCCUAUCCGAGGAGCAUCACGCGGAGUUUCUGGGGUUAUGAAGGGACUGGGUAAAGGUUUUAUUGGUGCAUUUACCAAGCCAAUUGUUGGUGUUGCGGAUCUUGUUGCAAAUGUUUCUGAGACCAUAAAGAUGUGUGUUGAUGGAAAAGUACUUAGAAUUCAAUAUCCAAGACCUUAUAUUGAUGAAUAUGGAUAUGAUGAAGGCCUGUGCCAAGGAUUUUACAUAUUCUCGAUGAUGAUCAAAAGAUCAGCGGAGGAAAGAUUUAUUGAUGCGUCAUUUGGUACUUUCAAUACAAAGUGCCAAUUGAUACUGACAACAAGGAGACUGCUGUUACUAAACAAGAGUGAUAUGUUGGAUGUGUGUGUAUCUAAUGUGGAUGUUGAUGAAUCCCAUUAUGUUAUAAUUAGUGUGUUUAAGGUCAGUGUAGAAAGAGCGUCUUUCAUCAAUUCCAUAAAGCAAAUGAAAGAAAAUCUCAGUCUAAUAUCCACUGGGUAA